AUGCCGGCCCUCUUACAUCGCCUCGUCGAGGACCUACAAGUCCGCGACACGACCAAUGUCGACGACAUCCUACACGCCACGUCCCCGGCGCUACCCUUCGUUCAUGGCUUAUCAGGAGUCAACCAGGACCAGAACUAUCUGCUCAUCAACGUUGCUUGUGGCGCAUUCAUGUUGCUACUCGUCAUCACAUUUGCGUACAGGUGGUUGGAUAUGAGCAAGGCGUAUCUGCGCUUUGUCACCAGCCUGGGCACCGAAGGCGACCAGCGGUACUGGCAGCAAAACCACACCACCUUCUGGCCAUGGCUGAAGCGAAACUUGUUGUAUGCCCCACUGUUUCGGGUGCGGCAUAAUCGAGAAAUCCAGCUGUCAAAGGCCAUCUCGAUCGGCACGCUUCCGUCAAGGUUUCACACCGUCCUGCUCGGUCUCUACCUGGCAUCCAACCUUGCGUACUGCUUGAUCCUCGACUGGAGACAGCCGAACCAAUAUGCCGUGAUUGCUGAGUUGCGCGGGAGAUCAGGAAUCUUGGCGGCGUUCAACCUGAUCCCGACGGUUCUCUUCGCACUCCGCAAUAACCCACUGAUCUCGCUGCUGAGCGUCUCAUACGAUACCUUUAACCUCUUGCAUCGGUGGUGUGCGCGCAUGGUCAUCCUCGAGAGCAUUAUCCACACGGCAUGCUUUCUGGUCAACAACAUCAGUGCUGGAACAGUGGAUGGAGUCAGCCAAGUUCAGCUCGCUUUCAACACCUCUGUCAGUUAUCAGUGGGGAAUGGUCGCGAGUUGCGUUUUUGUCUUCAUGGGCGUCGCGAGCUUGGGACCCAUCCGCCAUGCAUUCUACGAAUUCUUCAUCAACUCGCAUCGCUUGCUGGCGUGCAUUGCUUUGAUCGGCGUUCUCAUCCAUCUCGCGAAAGCGACUCUUCCUCAGGUCCCGUGGAUCAUCAUCUGCUUCGUUCUAUGGUCUGCAGAGUGGGCCUGGCGGUUUUGUCGCAUCGUUUACUACAACAUCAGCCGCACACAAGGCUUCACCAAAGUCACCGUUGAAGCCCUCCCAGGCGAAGCAUGUCGCGUGACAUUCCAUCUCGCACGGCCGAUGAGCUAUCGACCCGGAUGCCACGUCCACGCCUACCUGCCCGCCGUCGCUUGGCACUCCUCACACCCAUUCUCCAUCGCAUGGGCUGAUGCCCGUGCAUCCACCAUGAACCCACGCACAGAGAAGUCCCUGGCAUCGCUUCCCGGCGAAGUCCCAAACCCCACCACCAUACCCGCCUGGCGACCGAAAGCAACCAGCAUCUCCCUCAUCACCAAAGCCCGCUCGGGCAUGACCCGCAACCUCUAUGACCGCGCCGUGGCCUCCACCAACGGCAUCUACACAACCCGCGGCCUGAUCGAAGGGCCCUAUGGCGGCAACGACCCCCUCGACUCCUACGGCACAGUUGUGCUUUUCGCCGGCGGCGUCGGCAUCACGCACUGCCUCGGCUACAUCCGCAACCUCCUCACGCGCCGGACCGCGCAGACCUGCGCCGCCCGCCGCAUCUUACUCGUCUGGAGCAUCCCCGUCCCGGAAUGCCUCGAGUGGGUCCACCCCUGGAUGGACGCUAUCCUGCGCCUUCCCGGCCGCCGCGAUGCCCUCCGCAUUCACAUCUACAUCACGAAACCGCGACGGAGACAGAACCUGCGCAGCGAGUCCGGCGCGGUACGCAUGCUCGAGGGGCGUUGUAAUCCGACCCAGAUUCUGCGCGCGGAGAUGAAGGAGAGGGUCGGCGCGAUGGCCGUGGCCGUCUGUGGGCCGGGGGCGUUUGCGGAUAGCGUGCGGGCGGCGGCGAGGGAGGUCGUUACGGAGGGAGCUGUGGAUUUCGUCGAGGAGGGAUUCACCUAUUGAUUUGUUUUGUUUCGGGGAGGGAGGAGAGAGAGAGGAAGAAAGAUUUGGUUUUGUGAUUCCCAUAUAGAACAGAUGUGCGUACAAGAUUUCAGUCCGCAGGAAAAGGAUGGUAAUGCUUCGAGAAGAUGUUACCCAUGUGAACCUCGCUUCUUCGUUAAUAU